AUGGCUGAACAUGCUGUACAUGCUGCUGAACAUGAUGGGGUGUGCGCGGCAUGGCAGAAGCUUAAUCACGCCUGGACCGUUUUUCUGCAGGAUGUUGAGAUGGAGCUGGCGCAGGUGCUGGAUUUCCUUUUCAAAUCGGGCACGCGGGAUAGGUAUUUGGCUCGACGAUGGGUGCCAGUAAUUGGGCGCAAGUUUCGCGCUGCUGAUGAUGUCGCAGUUUGUCGUGGGUGGCAGUGGCUAUACCGUGUGUGGCAUGAAUUUGAAGUCACGAUCCAGGAGGACCCGGUCUUGCAUAGGAAUACGGCUGGGCUCGAGCUACAUCAUGCGUGUCUUUCGGAGGAGUAUCCAGGAGAAGGAUUGGAUGUCCGACUCGAUGCGCAGGUGCAAGCAUUUCGUGACAGUCUCCGAUCGUACCCGUCUCAGCUGGAUCAUCCAUGGUGGGACCGAGCGGCGUCCUUCUCAGCCUCCAUGGUCACAGAGUUUGAGCAUGCCACCAGCGCAGCUGCCAAGCUGCGCACACAGACGUGGAACCAGUGGUGCGAUGAAGCCUUGAGAGGCUCAGCGAAGCUAAUGCACAAAAUCACUCGGCUUCAGCAGAUCUGGAACCCCAGCAUAGUUGAACGAUCGCCAGGUGUUUUUUCGAGUCGGCCUGAUGACCUUCUUGCCAGCGAGGCAGAGGCUUUGCAGGCGCAGUGGCAUGCAUCGAUUUCCCCACCUGUGGCGGAAGUGCCUGAUCGUGAGUGCUUCCCGAGGGCGUCGAUUGAUGAGAUUCGCAGUGCUUCCAGAAAGUUUUGCCAGUUCACGGCGUCGACUUUGGAUGGGUUCCAUCCGAAGCACAUCUGUCUGCUGGGAGAUGCUGGCAUAUUCGCCCUGAGUAUUCUGUACGCAGCGCCAGCCUUGUCUUACGGCAGUGCGGUGUUGGGCAUGAGCGAUCACGAGCUCAGACGAGCUCGGGCUACGCUCCUCAGCUUCCAGGCGCCCUCGCAUCGAGGGGCCUCGCUAGUGGCGAAGUGCGUGCUUCAUGGCGACCCUGUUGCAGAUGCUGCCGCGGCGCCUGCGGCGCAGUGGGCAGCCACGAUCUGGCAGGCGGCGGUUGCGCAGAAGCGCUCUCUCUUCACUAUGACGCAGCUCGCAGAUAUGUUUCAGCAGGUUCAUGUCAAUUGGGAUCCUGAGAUGCCUUGGAGAAAGACGAAGGGCCCGAUCGUUCGAAUGUUGAUGUGUCUUCAGAGGGUCAGCUGGGAGCCUAAGAACUUCACGGAGCUUUCUCUACUGUAUACCUCCCAUUCCCUCAUCAAGCAUCUCCUACGUGAGGCCCCCCCGACCGACCAGCUGUAUCCUGCUGUUUUUGGGCAGGACGGCCGCCCCCUUGAGGACCUCUCGGUGUUGGGGGAUGUCGUCGACCCCGUCCGUGAGCUCUCGAGGGCGGCCUAUGCUGGCGUGUACAUGCGGUCGGGGUCCGAGGAGAUAGUAGCUAGGUUUCAAGGGCCUGGUUGGCCUUCCCUGCCCCAGACCCCUCAGGCUGCAGAGCAGAUGGCGAUCAUUGCGCCAGCUUUCGUCAUACGCCAGCCAGUCCAGCAGAGCGAGCUCAUCCCAGCGCUGGAGGCCAUGCGGCGCCGCGUCUCGGGCUCCCCGCAGUCCACGAGCUUCAGCAUGCAGCAUGCAGAGAAGCCCGAUCGGCUAGGCAAGCACGUGCGCCACGAAGCUGGCGGAGCACGCGAGAGCGCGCUGGCGUGGGGACUGUCGGUGUCGCAGCCCCGGCUGUGCUCGUGCACGAAGAUCCCGAAGCUGGAGCUCCUGUCCCUGGAGCUGCCGUCGCUGCUGCUCCCUGAACUGAACUCGCUGAUGGGCUGCGGUGGCCCUCUGCUGGAGCGGCUUCUCCUCGGGCACUUUGUCGCCGCACGGAGCCGCUCCAGCGCGACCCUGUACUGGCUGGCUGCGGCCACAUCACCAAAGCGAUUGGCCAAGGACACCAUGCGCUCGAGCUCCUCCUCGCUGAGCGCCUCCCCAGUCGGAAUCGGCUGGGGUCCUGGCUGCAGGGCUGGCGGCCCGUUCGCCCAAGGCGCGCUGCGGCCUCGCACCGCCGCUGGGCUCCGGGGCCGCUCCGCCUCCUGCGAGGGGCGAAAGGCCAGUGGUUUCGUCGACCUCGACAAGUCCGCCGAUGCCGCCGCCCUCAGCGGCUUCGCAGUGGCUCCCUGGUGGAACAAGAACGACAGCAAGUCCGUCGGCCUGGCCAUCAAGCCGGCGGGCGGCAGCACGGAGCCCCCGCCGCGGCCCGCGAGCGCUCGCGCGCUGGCGCCAGUGCCACAGCAGCGGGGCAGGUCCGCCGGGCGGCCCUCGUCUGCCAACCCGAGGUGGCGCUACGACGGGCCCCCCACGGUGGACCCGCUGCGGGCGGGGAGCAGCCGGGGCACGCCAGAGGGCGCCGGCGACCUCGAGCUCACCAUCAGGUCAGGCCCGCUGCUCGGCGGCGCGUGAGGCCGCGCCCUCGCGAGCGGCUGGCGGCGGAGCGACGUCAAGACCUGCACUGACGCCGUCGAGGCCAAUUACCUGCAGCCGCGCUCGCAGAAUUAGGAGCCCCGUCCUUGAAUCCCACUGACUGCGCUGCUCCCUUUCGGCAGUCCUGAAUGCACAGCCGCCGGGAGGGCGCGGACCCUCCCCUAUUUUGCAUUUUAUGUCCAACAAUCCCCCUGUAAGGGGACAGGCCCGACCUAACUUUACCUAGCACCCUGCACGCAUCACUUAGACAUUUUAUGCUCGUGCCGUGUUGUCUUCUUUGGUACAGCCCGUCGCGCACGGCGGCCGCCAAGAGGGUUGGCCGUCCCCCCGCGGGCGCCGGAGGCUCCGCUGCCCCCUCUGGUCCUUGAGAUUCGUGCGCGAUAUGGAGGGCAGCUGGUGUCCUAUGUCAUGCCCGAAUUGCUAUCCUCGCCCUGGCGCCCUGGCCGCACCGAGCAGCCUUGCCAGGCCGCGCUGUGUAGGGGUAAGCAGACCUUGCGCCACUGCUCGCUGAAAGUUCAGAAAA